UUCAAUUUCAAAAUAGUAGACUUAAUAGGAAAGUGAAUCAGCAUACCUUAAUGGGUGAUGUGAUGAUGAAAAUGCACCAAAAAGCUUCUGCACGUUUUAAUUACCUCCUCCUUAGAAAUGUGCAACCAUUAAAUUUGUUAUAGUCAAUCAUAUUGUCAUGUGAAAGGCACGUUACUCUUAUUUUAACUUCAUUUAAAGUGAAGUUUCUCCACUGUGUGACUUCAUACUAGUCAUAUCAGAUGAAAGACAUUCAAUGUAAAGAUAUAAGGUCUUUUGGGGAGUUUUUUAGUUAUCAGAGUGUCAUUUCUGGUUGAUAGGUCAACCUAAUAAAUAGAAAAUAUCUCUCAUGUCAUGCUGUCAACAUUACAGGAUACAUAAUCAUAACAACUAUAGAGGCUUUUGCAAUAUGGCAUUAAGGAUAUACAGUUACUGUCGGUAUAACAGGAACCAUUUUAUCUUUCCAGAUCUCUCACUAACAGCAAGGAACAACAGUUGUAGUCUUCCCCCAUGGAGCCUGGAAAAUACAAAACUAAUUUGACUAUAUAUCCACAGUGCCUGGGCAGUUUUCCACUGUGCUUUAAAAUGAGCUUGCGCUUCCAUGGAAUCCCCGUAUGCAAAGGAGCUGGGACGCUGCAAUCAAAGGGAUCUAACGCUGUCGACAAACACUGCAGGCCGGCCCUGUGUGACCCAGUUCACAGUCGAGGAAAUAAGCCUGCCACAGGUAGGUGUUCCAGCUGGGCUGGCCAACUUUCCAACCACAGAGCCACACAAACGCUUCCCCUGAGGAGACACACCAUAGCGCAGUAAGUCCUCAGUCUGACCUGAGGGGAUUCUCUCAUUUGUUUGCAUCCAUGAACAUGAGAGACUUUUCCAUGGGUUUCCCGCUGCAUUGAUCAACCUGUGAUGGACUUCAUGGACUGGACAAAAUAACAGGGACAACAUACAAUCUAAUGUAGUAAUCCUGCAUCAAACAGUUUAUAAGCUUAUGAUAUCAUUUAUGUGUAAACUGUAUAAUUUAAGAGGUCAUAGGUCAUAGCCUUGUUUUGUAUGACAUUAUACCGUCAGGCUUUCCUAUUAUGUAGUCCAAACCAAGUGUAACUAUUACGUUUCUUGGUAAGUUUAAUUAUGCAAUGGUAUUCAAAUAAGUGUAUGAAUUCAUUCUCUAGAGGUGUGUUCAAGUUAAUUCAGAAAAUAUUUCAUUUAAUAUUAAGGUAUUAAUUUGUUUCUGAUGCAGUUUGCUUGAUAGGAGUCAAACUUUUAAUAAGCAGUCCAGAACUGCAGUCACUGUAUCACAAGCUAAAAACAGGGACAAAAGCACAUCACAAAUGACCAAUUUAACUUUCUGUGCUUUUUGACCUGGACCAAUGUACAAAAAGUGAUACAGAGACCCAGUUUAGGGAGUGAGUCAGUAUGAGUCCGAUGAGUAAUUUAACAUAAAUAAUCUAUGUUUGGUCUGACACAAGAGUGUCUAAUGUUGAAUCAAGUCCAUCAGGAUCAUUGUUGUCUGUUCUGUUGAUUCAAGGCGCACAAGACUGUGGACAAGAUGCCCUGAGAGGACUCUGCUCUGCCUGCUGGCGCGACUGCUGCUCGUAAAAACACGCAGACGUAUACAUGGAGGACUUGCCUGUGGAGGAGAUAACCGGCGCUGCUCGUCCUCCGCGGGAUACUUGGAUAGCUACAGCAACAGGAUCCAUCCCUGCUCCUCUCCCAUCUGAUUUUUUCACGCCUGAUCCACACCUGUGUUUUCCACUUUGAGAACACCCGCUGUUUUUUUGUGUGUGUAACUUGGAUACCUGCGCGUUGUCCUUUUUAUAAAUGUCGGACUGAAUAUAACUGCUAUGACAGGGAAACUAGCGGAGAAGCUCCCUCUUACGAUGAGCAGUUUAAUAAACACGAUCCCUGACAGUCUCUACCCAGAAGAGGACAUCCCGACGUCUAUGAAUAUUUUCACCAGUACGGAAUCUAUUAACCACUAUUCACAGAUGAACACAGAUAAUAUCAUGGAUCUGGGCAUGGGAAGUGAGAAGGCAACAGCAGAGAUUCAGUAUGGAUCCAGCUUCCAGUCCAACCGCAGCGGGCAGACUGUCACCUAUCUGGGGAAGUUCGCCUUUGACACUCCUCCGUCAGGUGGCAUCGGUGGCUCUGGCUGGUGCUCUGAUAACAAUAUCAUCAGUCUUGUCAGCGCGGGGAUCCUGGGCGUUUCUCCAUCGCCCGGCACGGUAACGACGCAGACAUCUUCCUCCGCAGCCAGUAUGGGCGGACAGACGUCAGAUAUGGAGCAGGUAUACGGUCCGCCACUGCCUGCCUAUUCCACCUGCAGUGACCUGUACCAGGACCAGGUCUCCUUCCACCACAGCCCCGCCACCAGCACGGCUCUAGCCUACCCUGGCAAUGACUAUCACUCCACAUCCAAAGCCUCCAUGGAUGGCAGCCUUUUCUCCAUGAUCCCUGACUACAACCUUUUCCACCAUCAGGGCGAGGUUGGCGUGAUGGAGCACAAGCCCUUCCAGACCAUGGACCCCAUCCGAGUCAACCCUCCACCCAUCACACCCCUGGAGACCAUCAGGGCGUUCAAAGACAAGCAACAGAUCCACCCAGGGUUCAUCGGCGGGCAGCAGCACCCUCCUCAACACCACCCACCGCCACAGACUCUCACCCUCAAACCCAUCCGACCACGGAAGUACCCCAACCGUCCCAGCAAAACCCCUGUCCACGAACGGCCGCACGCCUGUCCGGCGGAGAACUGUGACAGACGCUUCUCACGCUCAGACGAGCUUACACGUCACCUUCGCAUCCACACAGGUCACAAACCUUUCCAGUGCCGAAUAUGCAUGCGCUCCUUCAGCCGGAGCGACCACCUGACCACACACAUCCGCACACACACAGGCGAGAAACCCUUCUCCUGUGAGUUCUGUGGACGCAAGUUUGCCAGAAGUGAUGAGCGAAAGAGACACGCAAAGGUUCAUCUGAAACAGAAGGACAAGAAGCCAGCUGACAAGAGCAGUGGGGCGGCUGGGAGCCACAGCUCGCCGCCCAGCUCCUGUGGGGGGCCGACAGUGGGAACGUCAUGACCGUCACUACGUGCACUUGGACUGGACCCUCACCAUGCCUCCUAAAGAGACUUAGGAAGAAGGGAUCACGUCCACUAUGAGAUAAAUAGGUGACUCUUUUCCUCUCUUUUACAUCCCCUGCUGUUUUCAGUUCCUUCUAUUUUGAGAUGGAUGCCUUUAGUUUAAGUCAGAGGGGAAAGGCUGCUACGCCCUUCUCCUCCAAGUAACUCAGAGCCUCAGCUACUGUAACACAGUGCCAACACACAGAAGGGCACCAUGGCACAUUCUGUCCACAAGGCCACUGUGUAUCUAUAGGUUUAUCUACAGGAUACACUGUUGUAAAUUUUACCGAGAAUUUCUAAAUUGGAAGGAAGCCAGAUCCAUCACAGGAGUCAAAAACAGACAAAAUUACAAUGGAGUUUAGUUUAAAGGGUGAGUUGUCUGGGAUGUAUGCAUUAAUUCUAUUAGGCUGUUUAAAAGUGCAAUUGGUUAUAUUUGUGUACUGUCAUGGAUACCUUAUUAGUGGCACUUCUUUUUGUUGUUUUCAUUGAGGUGUCGUGUUUUUUUUUAUAAUUAUUAUUUUCUAUUUGAAUGUUGUUUUCUCGAAAGAAUGUGCCAAAUGUAUUGUGGUGAUACAGCCAACCUUGUUCUUAUUAUUGUGCCUGACAUUUGCCAAACAUAACAGUGAUAUCAGCUUACAGCACACAUGUCGAGUUAAAAGGAAGAUCAGAUUCAAACACCGUAUCUCACAUUUAGAUUUACCUGCACAAUUUGGUGAAGUGUAGUUAACGACUGAAUGGGUUACACAAAGCAACUGAUGUCUUGUCCUAUCACAUGUGCUUAUAAAAAGAAACAUGCCUGCAGCAAUCAAUGCCUUUGCCAAUACUUAUUUAUUUGUCGUCACUGAGAGACACUGUGUAUUUUUGUUGCCUGUUUAUGUGGUGUGACCAGAUAUAAUUUCUGUUGCUUUUUUUAAAAGCUCACCAAUACUGUUCAUUUUUUCAGUUUUCUUGAGUUCUGCAAUUAUAUGCAACAUAUUUGUGACAUAUGCCACCAACCGGUAAAUCAAGUUAACUAAGAGCACAGUUAUACAGACUGAACUACUUAUAUAAAUGACACUGGGUUGCAAACCAGCAGUAUAUGAAAACAAAGCUGAAUGAUUCACAGUGUAAAAAGACGAAACUACUUGAUUUCAAUCACAAAACGAUGAGCAGCAUAUGGUAAAGAGAAAAAUUAAAAUGUCCAAAUCCAUGUUUACAUCUUUUUUAAUACAAAGAGACUGAGACUGAGUUGUAAAGUAAGGACUUGUUGUUUUUGUACAGUAUACAAACAUGUAUGCAGGUAGCUACAGUAGAAGUUUCACUUUUGUACUCAAAUGUCAAAUGCACCAUAACUCAGUAUUAAAUUGUGCAUAUAUGUGCAUGCCUACAUGCACACUAUGUAAAUACAAAUGUCUGCAUAAACAAGAACUUUCAAUUGACUGAAUGCUUGUGCGGAAUGUGUCUUAAAGUUUUAGUAAUGUAGUUAUAAUACAGAAUAUUUUGUUGUCAUAGGUCACUGCAGAAAUUUUUUGGAGCACUGCAAUAGUGCCAAAUAUGGUGUGUUAUCUUCCAUAAAAGAAAAAAAGAAUAAUAGCUUUUGCACCAUUUGUACGUUUUAAAGUGGUAACUGGUUUAAGGAAGCACUAAUGUGUUCUCUGAAUAAACAGCAAGAUUUUUUUUUUUUUACAUUUUAUCUCCAUUAUAGUCGCAAUCACUUAUUUCAAUUAACACAUUUUCCCCAUCGCAUAGAAAACACUGGUUGUAGAUACAAGACUUAAUAAUUGGAUCCUUUCUUGGACAAAAUACAUUACAGAGCAGUGCCAAUAUUUUGCACAUUCCUGAUUGAUCUUUGUCCUGUAGAAGGAAAUCGCUCUCUUAUCAUUCAGUGAAACAUUUUGUGUAGACUCAUCUCUUCCAUUGCCCUCUAUGGGAACUUUAAAGUGUGUUAUAACAAUACUGACAAAUGUUAAACAAUGAGCACAUGUGAUGAACCUGCCAGCAUAAUUGCUUUUCCUUUGUUAUAACUAAUCUCUCUAAAUCAGGAAGACUGCAUUAUGGCUCUGUGGAGCGAAAUUCAAGAGUAAUAACCUCGUCCAUGUGUUAAGUUAGUUUCCGAUUUUAUCCUUUAAAAUUAUUGCUCUAAUACCAGAUAAAUGUCUUCUGGUUAUUGGCAGUGCUCUCUGACUAUUAAGGAGUGUGUGCUGUAUACAAGGCAGAGUUUAUAUAAACAUUGUUAUCAGCUGGAAAAAAUAUAUAAUAUCGUACCAGUCAGGAGACACGGCAAUCAGACUUAAAGAGAAUAUCGACUGACAAAUGCAAAGGCCAAAAGAGAGGUUCAGAAAAGCAGUGCCACAGAGAACACAGUGCAUGCAGAAACGAGCUUCCAAGGCCAUGCUUCCCUUUCCUCCUGUAACAACCAGUUUUCACUGCUGAGCUUCCUGGCAAGGGUCCACUUAUUUUCCAAUUAAUUUGGCCUCAGAGAGUCUUUUCUCAACUCAUCUACAUGGUUAAAUGAACAGACCUCCUUGCACUUUUCCAGAUAGUUUAAAAAUUCACACACCCUGUAACAUCCAACUGUAAAUCAAUAGUUUAGUAUCAUUAAAAAAAACUAUUUUAUUGCAUGGACGGUCAUUGACAAAUGGAACUUUUCUUGCUCAUCCCCAUAAAAUUCAAUUAAAAUCACAAGUUAACAUACUGAAAAUGUAACCUUUGACACAUGACAUUACACAGCAUUCCUUUUUCUAAUCCCAGAUAAUUAGCUUCAUGAUAACGAAGAUUCAAACAUUAGAUGUGGAUUUUCCGAGUUAAAUCCUGCAAUAAGUGAUGGCCUCUAAUGUGAACAUCGUGUAGCAGACAGCCUCAUGGAGUCAGCACAAAAGAAUAUAUAUAGCUUGUGAGGUGAUAGGACAUACAAAAUGUUUAUCUAGAAUAAUUAGAUGUUAGACACUGUUCAUUAUAGACUCAUUUUGAAUUUAUUUGACCAAAAAUGAUGCUCUUGCGUGUUCUUGAUUUGACACGUUGCUGGUGAGAAUGGAUGUUUUUAAUUAUAACAUAUAGAAUGUGGCCUCCGCUAAGAGAAAACUGUGUUUAUGUUUGCUUUGUGUUGAGGAAUGAUGCAGAGUGAGGCGGAGACUACACCAAACUAUUUCCACAUCUAAAUGAAGCCAUGUAAUUACAACUUUGCAAACUCAAUAUUUCAUCAGUCAUAUCCUCUCGCUGUGUUUGUCACUUUUGUUUCGUGACACUUUUGUAAUGGACGGAUAGAUUUUGUAGAAUUUAUAUGAUCCCCUCCAUCCCACUCCCUCCAUAUAGUUUGGUGGUUGAACAACAAUGCAGGCUGCACCACGUUCGGCUGAACAAUAAUCCUUCUGUGUAAUGUGUGUGAAUGCUAUAGAUAUAUGUCAAUGACUCUGUUAAACAAACCCAACAACCCCCUCUUAAUAAUGCUUCUCCAAGAAUAAUUUAUUUUAUGUUUUUAUGGUUUAUUGUCCAAAAGUGGGCGGCUGAACGCUCUGAAAUUGGAAUUUGCCUCAUCCUCAUUCUCUGCUCCAUGUUGGAUCUGCGCCAACAUCAGCAGCCAUCUUUGUGCCAAACUGGGUUGCAGGGUUGGCUGAUCAAAAACAAUAAUGAGAUGAGAACUCCACAGGAGAAACAAAUCAUAAAUGUGACCUCAGUCUGCUUGCAGUUGAAGGCAGCCUUGUGCUAAUGUUUGUGUUUAACUGUUUGAUUUAGUCUCCGUGAAGUUGGCCUCGGGCAGGGCAAUAGGCUUGGGCUCAUUUGUGACAAUUAAUAAUUUCAAGAUUUAAAAAACAACAACUCAUGUUUGAAGAGAUUUCAAUAAUGUGUAGAUAUUAUAGGCUACUCAUGUCAUUUUAUGGACUACAGGGUGGCUUCAGGGAUUUUGUGGUCUUCAACGGUGACACUAUGGUGUUCAGAUGGAGUCGAUACUCACUGUUUUCUGUUGUGUUGUGUUUCCUUUUCAUUACAGUAUAUCCUCAUGUUUGCAUGUGCACGGAAAUGUUCCAAAGUGCUGCCCCCAGAUGCUGUGGGUGGUGCUCAUUUCUUUAUUAUGCAUGAAAAUAAGUCACAUUGGGUGAAAUGGGAUAAACCUAACAACAAUUCAAGACAGACAAUUGAAAACACACACUGGGAUAACUGUUCUGUUGGCUUUUUUUUUUUUCUUUUUUUUUCCAAGAAAACAAGGGGUCUUGUUUAAAAUGUUGUGGAUGUCUUUAGCCUAUUUCAUGUUUUUAUUACCUUAUAAUAAGGUCCUUUUAUGAUGAGCUGAAUAUUGAAAUGAAUUUUACUAUAUCCUUGUGAUGGGGAGACAAGCUCCCCUGUUUACUCGGCACUUCAGUUUGUUGUAAUGCAAUUGUUUUGUUAUUUCUAUGUAAGUACUUGAAUAAAGAAAAAUAUCACUUGCCUUCAGUUUACUUGGGUCUCUCCUUGCACGCGCACACACGCACGCCUCUCGUAUACCCGACACACACAUAUAUGAUAAUUAAGCUUAUGAAUAUGGCUAAAUAUACACACAUUUUAUAAUAGUAUAUGAACAUUAGUCGUGCUCUAUUACUGUAUGAGCAAAGUGUAACGUUUACCGUAUUUUAUUCGCUGUCUGCGGAAGCGGGGCGGCUAAGCUCCGGACUUCCUGUUUAAAGCUCGACUGUUGACUGGUAGAAAGGGAUGAAGUCCUCGGAAGAUAAAACCAUCCAAUGAAACCGGAAUAAAAGUUCAGUCAAAAUGAGCUGGAUUCCCUUCAAGAUCGGACAACCAAAGAAGCAGAUUGUCUCUAAAACCGU